AUGUUAAUCAGGGGUGAGUUGGCAGACUACCUCACAACAAAGGAGUACGUGAAGCCUCGAGAGGUCAACCCUCGGAAAGUAGAAUGUAAUCAAAUAAAGGUCAUCCAUGUAAUACAUAGGAGAUCAGAGGACGACCAAGAGUCGGAAGAAGUGUAUAGAUCCAGACUGAGGACGCCUCAUAAGCUAAGAAAGUUAUCCUCGGUGAACACUAUUGCUUCGGGCAGUAUCAGUAUUGGAUUCGGUGAUGAAGAUUUAUCUAGAGUUCAACUCCCCCACGAGGACCCGUUAGUCAUCAACCUUCUUGUGGCAAAUUACAUGAUCAAAAGGGUUUUGAUUGACCCAGGUAGUAACGCCAAUAUUAUCACAAAGGCGGUCUUUGAGCAGCUGGAGAUCCCGUCAUCAUCAAUUCGACCCACCUCUAGUCCCUUGAUGGGGUUUGAUGGCACAAAGGUGGACCCCUUUGGAGUGAUUAAUUUAUCCGUCACUGCGGCAAAAAGGACACUGAAGGAGAACUUUGUCCUAACAGAGAUCCAUCCUUUUUAUAAUCUCAUUAUGGGAAGAGGCUGGAUCCACCGAAUGAACGGAGUUCCAUCUACCCUUCAUCAAGUGAUGCGAUGCCUGUCUCCGGACGGUAAGGAGGUUAUUAAUCUUUGGGGAGAUCAGGUCACUGCAAAAGAAUGCUACAUGUUGACACUGAAUGAAGCAAAGAAGAUGACUAAACAGCCUCAGCCAGAUGCAAUUCCCAGAGGCACGUCCAAAUAG